AUGGCCGCUGCGCUGCACCAGAUCUCCAAGGGCCGCGUCGAUAUCAACGUCGUGCCGGGCGGGAUCCAAAACGACUUCGAACGGGUGGGCGAGAACAGCACCCACGAGACGCGCUACGAGCGCGCCGAGGAGUUUAUCGCCGCCUGCCGCAAGCUUUGGAUGGAGCCGGGACCGGUGGACUUCGCCGGCGAGUACUAUCGGCUGCGCGACGCCUACUGCGCCCCACAGCCCGGAGAGGAGGGGCCGCGUUUCUACCUGGGCGGCGCGUCGCCCAGGGCGCUGGGGCUGUCGGGUCGGCAGGCCGAUGUGCACCUGUCGUGGAUCGAGCCGCUGGAGGAGACCGCCAAGCGCAAUGUGGACGUUGCCGCCGAGUUCGCCAAGGCCGGACGGACUCCGGAGCUGGGUCUGCGUACGCACCUGGUGGUGCGCGACACCGAGGCCGAGGCUUGGGAUGCCGCCAACGAGCUUAUCGCCCACGCGGACCCGGCGGUGAAGGCGCAGCGGCAGUCGGCCAUUGUGGGCACUCAGAUGGUGGGGCAGCAGGCGCAGGCUCGCGAGGCUCCCGACCACCGCGUCGGGCCACACCUGUGGAACGGUCUGUCGGAGGUGCGCGUCAACUGCGGCACAGCCAUCGUCGGCACGCCGCAGCAGGCCGCCGAUACGCUGUACAGCUACGCUCAGUUGGGUUUCCAGGAGUUCAUUCUCUCUGGAUUUCCUCACGUUGAGGAGUGCCGCAGGGUCUCGGACGAGGUGUUGCCGCGGCUGCGGGAGAGGCUGGCUACCGGUUAG